ACGUUGACCUCUUGGUAAAGGUCGGCCGUGGGCUCUAUAUAUAGGCUGCGGCUGAGCCCAUUACAUUCAUCGCAAAAAAAAAAUCAACUUGUAAUAACCUAGCUUGCUUGAGAAUAUCACAAUCCUUUGAGAGAGAGAAAGAGAGAAAGCAAAGAGAAAAUGGCGGAGGAAAAUCAAGUCAUCGGCUGCCACACUACUCAGGCCUGGGAAGAUCAGCUCCAUAAGGGAAAAGAGAGCAAGAAACUGGUGGUGGUGGAUUUCACGGCUACUUGGUGUGGACCGUGCCGGAUGAUCGCCCCAAUCUUGGCGGAGUUGGCUAAGAAGACCCCAGAAGUGACGUUCCUAAAGGUGGACGUGGAUGAACUGAGGACUGUUUCCGAGGAGUGGGGUGUGGAGGCAAUGCCUACCUUCCUCUUCCUCAAGGAAGGCAAGAUAGUGGACAAGGUUGUGGGUGCCAAGAAAGACGAGUUACUGAACAAAGUCGCCAAGCAUGUCGCUGACUCCGCCACCUCUGCUUCUGCCACCGCUGCUACUGCUACUGCUACUGCCUCUGCUUAACUUCUAUCAUUCUCUGUGGAGACUAUGAAACUCCUACUGUUUUACUAGUUGUUUAUAACUUUUAUGGAUUUCUAAAUUUUCUAUGAAGACAUAUGAAUUGAAUGCUUUAUGUAUAUGGCUACUUGUUCCCAUAUGAUGCCUCAUGCCAAUUAUCUAUGAAUGCUUUUUAUUACAGUGCCAUUGUUCUUUGGGAUG